CUCCAGCUCUUCCCUCGAUCCCUCCUGAAGCUUCGCCAGCGCGGGCUCGAUCCGAUUCAGCUGCGUCCACCGCUGAUCCGCGGGGGAGCUGAAUCUAAGCAGCGACGACCAUGAGCGAGGUGUUCGAGGGCUACGAGCGGCAGUACUGCGAGAUCUCCGCCUCCCUCUCCCGCAAGUGCGCCGCCGCCUCCGCUCUCGAUGGCGAGAAGAAGAAGCAGAAGCUGUCCGAGAUCCAGGCCGACGUGCAGGAGUCCGAGUCGCUGAUCAGGAAGAUGGACUUGGAGGCGCGGAGCCUGCAGCCGAGCGUCAAGGCGGGGCUGCUGGCCAAACUCAGGGAGUACAAGUCUGAUCUCAGCAGCGUCAAGAGCGAGGUCAAGCGGGUUUCGGCGCCCAACGCCCACCAGGCCACCAGGGAGGAGCUCCUCGAGGCCGGCAUGUCCGACACGCUCGCGGCGUCGUCCGAUCAGAGAGGAAGACUGAUGAUGACAUCCGAAAGAUUGAACCAGUCUUCAGAAAGAAUUAGAGAGAGCCAAAGAACAGUAUUCGAGACAGAAGAAAUUGGCGUGUCAAUUCUCCAGGACCUUCAUAAUCAACGGCAGUCACUGCUGCAUGCUCACACAACAUUGCAUGGCGUGGAUGACUACAUCGGCAAAAGCAAGAAGAUCCUGGCGUCCAUGUCCAAGAGGAUGGACAGGAACAAGUGGAUCGUCGGUGGCAUCAUCGCAGCGCUUGUCUUUGCCAUCCUCUUCAUACUGUACUUCAAGUUCGCUCGUUAGAGCUGAGCUUCUCCAAAUGUCACCUGGCUGGAGCUGAUUAUUUGUUGCCCAGAGACAACUAACUCUGCAUCCGAGGUGUGUGUGGAAUGUGAUGUACAGUGACACUUGCGACCAUGGAAAACAUGAAAUAUUACAAAGAUAUGUGUGGGGUUUUUCUUA